AUGAACCAGCUAAAUGACAUCGAUGUUUUGUACAAUCAGCCGAUAGUGAUCGACAAUGGUUCAGGAAUUAUUAAGGCAGGAUUUAGCGGUGAGGAAAGACCAAAAGCUCUGGAAUAUUCUCUCGUGGGUCACACGAAGUAUGAUAAGGUUAUGCUUGAAGGUCUUCAAGGAGAUACAUUUGUUGGAAAUAAAGCGCAAAAACUGCGUGGCUUACUAAGAUUAAGAUAUCCAAUGAAGCACGGUGUGGUGGAAGAUUGGGACUCUAUGGAACUUAUAUGGUCAUAUGUGCUAAAUGAAGUUUUACAGUUGCAAAAUAUUGAAGAGCAUCCUUUGUUAAUUACAGAAGCCCCCAUGAAUCCUUUGAAGAAUAGAGAAAUGAUUGCUCAAGUAAUGUUCGAGACUUUUAAUCUUUCGGCCAUAUAUGUUUCUGACCCUGCUGUUUUAUCGCUGUAUGCUAGUGGAAGAACGACCGGUUGUGUGGUGGACUGCGGAGAAGGAUACUGUAGUUCUGUCCCCAUAUAUGAUGGUUUUGCAUUACCUGCCUCUAUAAUGAGGAUGGAUAUCGGGGGAGGGGAUAUUACAGAGCAGUUACAAUUCCAAAUACGAAAAUCAGCUGGAGUUUCAUUGUUUUCUAGCAGUGAACGAGAAAUUGUUCGUACUAUCAAAGAAAAAGUUUGUUAUUUGGCUAAAGAUGCUAAAAAGGAAGAGGAUAAAUAUUUGCAAGGAACUCAAGAUUUAAUAUCCGCAUUCAAACUACCUGACGGUAAGUCCAUUGAGGUUGGGAAUGAUCGUUAUCGUGCUCCAGAAAUAUUGUUCUCUCCUCAAAUCAUCGGCUCCGGGUACGACGGAUUAUCCAAUAUGUGUAUGCAAUCUAUUUGGAAGGUCGAUCUGGAUUUGAGAAAAAAUCUACUGUCAUCAGUUAUCCUGAGUGGCGGAACUACAACUCUAAAAGGAUUUGGAGAUCGAAUGUUGCAUGAUUUGGAAGCAUUAACUAAAGGAACUUCAAAGAUAAAGAUAAUAGCACCUCCAGAAAGAAAAUACACUGCGUGGAUUGGUGGUUCUAUUUUAACGGGUUUAUCUACUUUUCAAAAACUUUGGACUAAAAAAUCAGAUUGGCUGGAAGACAGCAAUCGUGUGUAUUCGAACCUAAUGUAG